UCGCUCGCGCGCUCUCUACUCAGCUUCAACAUCGAGAGUUCUCAAUCCAAGAUGGCGUCUCAGUACUACCGGGAGAUGCAGGACAACUUCAAAAACAACAAUAAAAGUCGGGAGUUCCAGGCUCAUUCAGCGAAAGUUCAUUCGGUGGCCUGGAGCUGUGACGGCAGGAGACUGGCUUCCGGUUCGUUUGAUAAAACUGCCAGCGUGUUUGUCCUGGAAAAGGACCGUUUGGUGAAAGAAAACAACUACAGAGGACACAGUGAUAGUGUGGAUCAGCUGUGCUGGCAUCCAACCAACCCCGACCUUUUUGUCACAGCAUCUGGAGACAAAACCAUUCGCAUAUGGGAUGUACGCACCACUAAAUGCAUCGCCACAGUCAACACGAAAGGAGAGAACAUCAACAUCUGCUGGAGUCCCGACGGUCAGACUAUUGCUGUUGGGAACAAAGACGAUGUGGUGACUUUCAUCGACGCCAAGACGCAUCGCUCCAGGGCGGAGGAGCAGUUCAAGUUCGAGGUGAACGAGAUCUCCUGGAACAACGACAAUGACAUGUUCUUCCUCACAAACGGCAGUGGCUGCAUCAAUAUUCUGAGUUAUCCAGACCUGAAGCCCAUCCAGUCCAUCAACGCUCACCCGUCCAACUGCAUCUGCAUCAAGUUUGACCCCAUGGGUAAAUAUUUCGCCAUAGGAAGUGCAGAUGCCCUCGUCAGUCUGUGGGAUGUGGAGGAGCUGGUGUGUGUUCGCUGCUUCUCCAGACUGGACUGGCCAGUGAGGACACUGAGCUUCAGCCAUGAUGGGAAGAUGUUGGCCUCCGCCUCUGAGGACCACUUUAUUGAUAUUGGAGAGGUGGAGACAGGUGAGAAGCUGUGGGAGGUGCAGUGUGACUCUCCAACCUUUACAGUUGCCUGGCACCCAAAGAGGCCCCUGCUGGCCUACGCCUGUGAUGACAAGGAAGGAAAGUAUGACAACAACCGCGAGGCUGGCACCGUCAAACUGUUCGGCCUUCCCAAUGACUCCUGAGGUGGAGCAGCUGUUCAGGAUGUUCUGUAGAAAGGAGGAAAAGUCCUGAACAAUACUGAGGAUGAAGAACUGCAGUAACCUCUGUAACCAGCAGAUGGUGCAGCUGUAUUUAGCUUCUGAAUCUGCUGACAUCAUUCCUUGUUUUUGUACACAGUUCAAUCCAGAACACCUCCUGCUGUAUUAUAGUAUUUUAUGUAAAAUAAAAGGUUUUUGGUAAUAAAAUGU